UUUGUGUGGCUCCUGGUUUUAAGGGGGGUGGGGAGGGAAGGGAAGGUUCUGCCUGUUAAAUAGGGAGCGAUUGGAAAGUAAGGGGUUGCAAAAAGAAAAAGAAGAAGCAUCUGAAAAAAGGGGAGCGAGGGGAGAAGCAGGAAGGGAAAGAAAAGAUUAGGUAAGGAGAGAAUCAGAAAGAGGAAGGGAGACAGAAAAGUGCAGAAGGGCAGAGAAACAGGGAAGGAAAGAGGCAGGGAGAGAGAAGAGUAGAAAAGUAGAGAGUGAAGGGGAGAGGCAGACCCUCGCCCCCUUGUGCUAUGCAAGCCUAGUGGUGCCUCCUUUCUGGUGACUCUGGCUAGCUCCUCCAUAUUAUGUCUGCACUCCGAAGGAAAUUUGGGGACGAUUACCAGGUAGUGACCACCUCUUCCAGUGGCUCAGGCUUCCACCAGCAGCAAGCAGCAGCAGCUGCUCCUAGAAGAAAGAGGCAGCGAUUUGUGGACAAGAAUGGUCGUUGCAAUGUGCAGCAUGGCAACUUGGGCAGCGAGACAAGCCGCUACCUGUCAGACCUGUUCACCACCCUGGUGGACCUCAAGUGGCGCUGGAACCUCUUUAUCUUCAUUCUCACUUACACUGUGGCCUGGCUCUUCAUGGCCUCCAUGUGGUGGCUCAUCGCCUACAUGCGGGGUGAUCUGAACAAAGCUCAUGAUGAUAACUACACUCCCUGUGUGGCCAAUGUCUACAAUUUCCCCUCUGCCUUCCUGUUCUUUAUUGAAACUGAGGCCACCAUUGGCUAUGGCUACCGCUAUAUCACUGACAAAUGCCCUGAGGGUAUCAUCCUCUUCCUCUUCCAGUCCAUCCUGGGCUCUAUUGUGGAUGCCUUCCUCAUUGGCUGCAUGUUUAUCAAGAUGUCCCAGCCUAAGAAGCGGGCAGAGACACUGAUGUUCAGUGAGCAUGCUGUCAUCUCCAUGCGGGACGGCAAACUUACCCUUAUGUUCAGGGUAGGCAACCUUCGCAACAGCCACAUGGUCUCCGCGCAGAUCCGCUGCAAGCUACUUAAAUCUCGGCAGACACCUGAGGGCGAGUUCCUCCCCCUCGAUCAACUUGAACUGGAUGUAGGUUUUAGCACAGGGGCAGAUCAACUUUUUCUUGUUUCCCCACUUACAAUCUGCCAUGUGAUUGAUGCCAAAAGCCCCUUCUAUGACCUCUCUCAGCGAAGCAUGCAAACUGAACAGUUUGAGAUUGUCGUCAUCCUAGAGGGCAUUGUGGAAACAACUGUUCAGAUGCCUCACUCUCUUCAGAGGAUCAGCACAGGGGGUGACAGUACAAAAUGCUCAGUGACAAUACUACAACAAUAUACCUUGUCAACAAACAGGGAGAGACAUCAGAGAACAGCUUUAUGAUCCAAAAAAUAGAGACUACAAACAAAGCAGAAGACUUCUCACAGUUGCUCUCCGCAUAAUGCUGUUAUAGAAGGCUAGACUAGGUUAGUGUUUGAGAUGGGAAUAGGUGGGAAAGCUGUCCCACUUAAACAGGGAGGGAUAGAAAAAUUAGAAGAGUUUUCUCCUUUGGGAAGGGAGGCAGGACUCCAAUUAUGGGGGAGUGGGGUAAAAGAGCAUAGGAAGUACAAACUACAAAUAUAUGCAUCUUCUGAACCUCUGUGCAGACCAGUACAUAUCAGUAUACCUUUUCUGCUCUAAAGGCUAUAACCAGAAUGGCUAGAACACUGGAAGAUGCACAGGGAAGUGGACUUAGAUUAUCAUAUUUAUGUCUCUCCCAUCUGUAAUUUUUAAGUUAUGAAUUAUCAGGAGAAAAUCCAAGUUGGUGGUCUUUGUGUGGCAGCUCUGUAAAUCCACUGCACUCUUCAUCUAAUAGCUGAAUUAUGAAUUUACUGUAAUUCCUUCCUGCCAUGCAGGGAAAUAUAACCCCUUUGUCAGGUACUUUUCCAUCCACCCACUCAUCUGUGAGACAGAAGCAAAAUAAAUUAGGCAGAUCUUCCAUUUCUUUAUUCCCAUCUGCUAAAUCCUAGUCUGUCACUUUUUUAAGAGGGUCUAUUUCUGUUACCUUCUGUCUAAUGUUAAUGCAUUUGGAAAGUGCUGAACUGUGAUCGCCUUUAUUGAAAGGACUAAUAGACUCUGAGUAUGUAAUCAUAUCUGGCACAUCACAAUAAUAUUUGGUGGUUUCAUGAUGUGUCACUUAUAUUGCAGAGGAUGUAAUCCUUUUUGUCCUUGAAAAGCUUUUGUGUAAUUUUUACUCAUCUCCCUAUUCUGUUCCUUAACUCACAUGUUGUUACAGUACAUGUUUAAAUUGUGGAUAAAAGCUUAUGCUAAGGAAAUGCUUUGGGAACAUGAAAAAGUAGGUUGCCAACAUUUUUGGAUUAUUCAAAGAAAGCUGCAAAACAAUUCCAUGUGGUUCUGCCAGGUUCAUCAACCCUAUCUCGGAUGCCUACUUCUGAGGUGUUUGGGGCCAAAUUUUGCUAUUACUGCUGUAAAUCUGGAGUAGCGCUAUUGAAGUUAUGGUGUUAUUCUAGGUUUACAUUGAUGUAACUGAAUGAUUAGUACUGCCUUCAUUUUUUCUGUUCUUUUCUUCUUCUUGGUAUUUGAAGGUCAGCUUAGCAUUACUUUGCUUCUCAAAGAUUGUGCAAAAUUUGAGGAAAAUUAAAAAA